AUGGCGAAGCUGGCUUUGAUGGAGGAGGAGAAGAAAAGCUGUGAAUUGGUUCUUGAAAUCAACUUGGUGUCAGCUCAAGGCUUGAAGAUUUCUUUGAAGAGCAAAGGAAAGACACAAAGUUACGCUGUUGUUUGGGUUGAUGAUGAUUCGUCUUCAAACUUCGUCCACUGCCCCACCGCUGCUUUCAACGUGGAGAUUUACACCAUCGGGCAUCACUUAUUCAAGGAUUCCAUGGUUGGCACCGUAAGAUGCCUUGUCAGUAACCUUCUCGGAAAGAUGAUCACCCCGGUUCACGUUCACCGUCCAUCGGGACACUUCCACGGGAUUUUGAACGUUUCGGCUUCACUUUGUGACGAGGGAGUCAUCGGUGUGGAUUCGGGAGUGUUUGGUGGAUCUUCAGGACUUAGUUUUCGUGAUUUGAUGACAAGAACUACAACCGAAGUUGAAGCUGAGGAAGGAAACAAGGGUUUGUUACAUAGGUUGAGGCUGGUAAGAUCGUCGCCGUCCUUGUCAACCAUGACCGCGCCAACAACUCCGUUGAAGGAAUUGAAGGAAUUGAAGGAAGCUGCGACGAUGAGGAAAGUGAAAUCGGACUCGUCGCUUGCCACCAUGUUGAGGACUUUAGCAUCCUUUUCAACUCUGCCCGAAGACAUCCAAUUAUGA